AUGGACUCUUUUUCUGAAAGCACAGAGUUGAUAAAAAUGAAAGACAAAUAUAAUAGGUUCUUGAAGGAAGAAGAUAGUAUCACUUUUGGAAAUACAAGACAUAAUUUGUUGCCAGACUUUGACGAGACGCCAGUGAAAGCUCCUAGGCUUUUGAACAAUUCUGGCAGUAAGAGAUCUUUUGCCAUGGCUGUCAGUUUUGAAGAAACUGAUUUAAGAAAGCAGCUUGCAGAACGUGAUGCUGAUGUCAUAUUACUCAAAGCCAACCUAACGCAGCUGGAGAAGCGUCUCUCAUCCAUGGAUGUCAUGGCUCGUGAAGCAAGAAUAAACUAUGACAGAGAGAUUGUAAAGUUGAAAGCAGAAAAAGAUAGGGAAGCAUGCAAAGCUGUAGAGUUGAAAUCAAAAUUGCACUAUGUUAUGGAGAAAGAGAAGAACUCCCGUGAAGAGAUGCAGAGACUGGAGACUGAGUUACAGCAUCAGAAGCUUGAAAUGGACAAGAAGCUGCAGGCGGCUAACAAGGAGAAAGUGGAUUUAGCAGAACGUGCACAGCAGGCAAAGUCAGCAUGGCUGGAGGCAGAAGCAGAAAUGCAUUCCCAGAUGGUGGAGCAUACGCGAGAGAUUUCAGAUUUGCACAUGAAGCUGGCAGAAGCUCAGGCACAGCUGGAGCUGAGGAAACAACUGCAGAUAGAAAACAGUGAACUACAGCAAGAGUUGGACAAGCUGAAGGCGGUUCUUCAGCAAGAACAAGACAAGAACAAGGUUUGUAUUGUUGAUGUUUCCAUAUAA